AUGGCUCUAAAGCCAGAUGCUGUAGAGUCGAAAGGCAUGGAAGGUGAGGCGGGAGGCGCGGGGCCGGCGGAGGAUGGAUACUCGCGGAGCAUUUGUCGAGAAAGGGGGUCGGGGGGAACAUGUGGGGGGAAAGGGGAAGUGCGAGGGGAUGAGGUGGGGGUGAAGGGGGAGGGAGAGUGGGGUAUUGGCUUGGCGGUCAGGGAAAUGUUGGGGGUGGAGGGGGAAGCAGGAGGUGCGGAAGGGGGAGAGGGUGGGAGAGUGAGCGUGGGGGGAAAUGGCGAAGGAGAGGGGUGUGAAGGGUUGAGUGGAGGCAUGAUUGGGGUGAGAGUGGUGCGUGGGAUGACGGAUUCAGAUGGGUGGGGAUGUUGGGAGGAUGGAGAGGAGAAGGUGGAGGGUGCAGGAGGAGAGGAGGGAAUGAAAGAGGAGGAGGCUGAGGAAAUCACGGAUAGAGAGCGGUGGGAGGGGAUGAAGGGCGGUGUGGUGGGGGAAGUGGAGGAGAAGUCGAACGCGGAUAAAACAGAGGCGAGGGAUAAUGAAGCAGAGGAGGAGCAUGCAGCGUGCGAGUUGGGCCUGCUAGGUUACUCUGACUGGUCUGCCGCCUCUGCCUCCUUCCGCGUUCGCUCUGCUGCCACGCUCCUGCCCCCGGGCACAGCCACUCUAGCACGCCUCUGGGGGAGGGCUGCUCGUGGGGCGGAAGGAGGAGGGAGUGAGACGGGUGCAGGGAGUGUGCGGAGCGGAGGGAGUGGGAUGGGUGGAAGGGUGGAGGGGGGAGCCGGGCGAGGGAAUGCAAGUGGGGAGGUUGUUGGGAAGGCGAGUGGGAUGUUGCGUGGGAAGGCAAUGCCAGGGGUAGACCUGUACUUCCUGUCGCACUUCCACAGCGACCACUACCGCGGGCUCUCCAAGCACUGGCAGGGCGGCCCCAUCGUGUGCACGCCCGUCACUGCCCGCCUUGCUCACAUGUGCCUGGGCGUGGACCAGAGUCUACUCAUCCCGCUCACCUUCACCACCACGGUCAAUCUACACGGCCAUGCAGUUACGCUGUUACCAGCCAACCACUGCCCUGGCUCCGCGCUCAUCCUCAUCCGCACCAACUCGCCCCCUCCGCUGCCUCGCUCUCUCUCCUCUGCACCGCCAAUGCCGCACCAGCAGCAACAGGCAUGCACGUAUCAGCAGCAGCAUCAUGAAGCUCACGCUGCUGCCUCCGCCUCUCCUCCUCAUGCCUCCCCUCCCAGGCCUACUCUCCCAACCACACACCACCCUGCAUCCCUCCCCACUCUUCAACCUCACCCACCCUCCUCUCACACACUCCUCCCCACACCCUCCCCCGCUCCUCCUCCCCCCGCACUCCUCUCCGCCACCAUACUCCACACGGGGGACUUCCGAGCAUGUGAGGCCAUGCGCACGUACCGCCACCUGCCUGCUGCAGCUGUGGAUCGCCUGUACCUCGACACCACCUACUGCCACCCACGCUACACCCCAGGCGCUGCAGGUACCCCCUCCCCCCUUUUCCUGCCUCCCUGCUCUCAACUCUUCAACCCAGAAAAUCCUUCUAUACUCUUUCGUGCCGCCGUCCAUUUCUAUGCACACCCUCCCCCCCCCAUUCCUUUCUUCUCCCCUCUUUUUCCUCACUCUUCCUCUGCUCGUCCGUUCCCUUUGGCCUGCAAUCGCCAGGAGAGCAUCUUCUGCCUGCCGCGGCACCACCGCCUGCUGCACGCGCUGCAGUGGCCCGCACUCUCCUCCCGCCUCACCCGUGACGCCACUUCCUCCCCGCUGCACGUGCUGCCGCUGGGGCAACUGCGCGCUCAGCGCCUGCAUGAGUAUGUGUCCAACCAGAGAGGUUUCACUCGGGAUGGACCUUCUCCCAGCGCUUAUCCUCAGGUCUGCACAACAUUCAGCCCCAACACUAUCGCAAUGCUUCACUAUAUGGCGUGCCUUACAGUGAGCACAGCAGCUUCACGGAACUACAAGACUUUGUCUCCUUUUGUCAGCCAAAGCAGAUAA